CAAACUUAUCUACCUUUCCAUCGCAAACUCAUUAUUCAUUUCGGCUACGAAGCAAGCCACUCUGUUAGUGCUUUCACGGUUUCACUCUUUCGUUUACUUCACUCCAUCAAACUCCAGCCCCUCAAAAUUCUCCCGAGAAAACAAUAGAAAACCUUCCAAAUUUUCCUUCCAUCCAAACACAGUCACACUCUCUCUCGUAAACCCUACUUUUCUUACAUCUUCUUCUUCUUCGAUGGAUCCCUCUCGCCGCGCCCCACGCGCCGUGAUUGACCCCGUCCCCAAGUUCCGCCAAGUCGGGUUCUUUGCCCCGCCCGAACGCUCUCAAUCGGGUCCUCCAAAGACGACCCACUCUUCGCCCCCAAUCUCCAACUCCCUCUCGCCGGUCAUGAUCCCGCCGCCACGCCACCUAUCGGACAACCUCCUCCUCCAUGCGCCCCCCGCCUCAUCUCCCCUUCGCGCAGACUCCGGCGGCGGCGGAAACUCCUUCGACAACGCGGACUUGUUCACCGCGCCGCUGUCGCCCGCUCUGCCAUCGUCGUCGUACUCCAGCAGGAUCGCCGGCGACUUCUACAAGGGAAACGGUGGGAAGGUGGCGGCCUCGUCUUUCCCCCGCGGAGGAUUCGACCUGACGGCGAUGAAGGCGGCGGCGGCCUCGAGCGUCGUCGUGCCUGCGAGCGAGCUGACCACGGUUUCGGUGGUGAAUGAUUCGUUAGGGAUUCCCGAAAAAGAAAAAGGGAGCCGAGGAGGAGGGUCAGCAGUGGAAGUGAAAGAGCAACCUGCUAGUUCAAAACAGAAACCAAAAACCUCAAAAGCUGAAAGACGUGCCCUUCAAGAAGCUCAAAGAGCUGCAAAGGCUGCAGCAAAAGCUGAAGGAAAUAAAGCAUCUGGAACUGCAGCGCCAGCAAAUGCCAAACCAUCUAAAGCUGCAAAGCCUGCUCAGAAAAUUGAUAAUGCAGCUGUUGCAGCCUCUGAAAAGAAGGGAGGUGAGAUUCCACCAGAAAAGGAUAGAAAAAAAGAUGCUCCUCAACCACGGAUGCAAUACGAUGACAAGAGCCGAGUGGAGAAAGCUAAACGUCGUGCAGUGGUAAAACAAACUGAAGCUAGGAACAGAGUUGAAUUGUUCAGGCACUUGCCGCAAUAUGAACAUGGGAGUCAGCUUCCAGAUCUCGAGGCAAGGUUUUUCCAUCUUUCUCCGGUGCACCCAGCUGUUUAUAAGGUGGGUUUGCAGUAUCUAACUGGAGAUAUGUCUGGUGCCAAUGCUCGGUGUAUUGCAAUGCUUCAAGCAUUUCAGGAGGCCAUCAAAGACUACAAGGUUCCACAGGAGAAGACUCUUGUGAGGGACUUAACAGCAAAAAUUAGUAGUUAUGUAUCAUUUCUUAUUGAGUGUCGACCUCUGUCUAUCAGCAUGGGAAAUGCUAUUAGGUUUCUCAAAAGUCGGAUAGCCAAGUUACCUUUGACCUUGUCUGAAUCAGAAGCAAAAGCUUCUCUCCAUUCAGAUAUUGAGCGUUUUAUUAGUGAGAAGAUUAUACUCGCCAACAAAGUGAUAGUGAAGCAUGCUGUCACCAAAAUAAGAGAUGGUGAUGUUCUUCUAACGUAUGGGUCCUCGACAGCUGUUGAAAUGAUACUAUUACAUGCACAUGAGUUAGGAAGACAGUUUCGCGUUGUGGUAGUUGACUCUUGUCCAAAGCUUAGAGGGCAACUUUUGCUUCGCAGGCUGGUGGAGAAAGGUCUUAGCUGUACAUACACUCAUAUAAAUGCCGUUUCCUAUAUAAUGCACGAAGUUACUCGAGUAUUUCUGGGUGCUUCAUCAGUUUUAUCUAAUGGAACAGUAUAUUCAAGAGUAGGGACUGCAUGUGUUGCAAUGGUUGCUCAUGCAUUCCGUGUACCUGUCAUAGUAUGUUGUGAGGCAUAUAAAUUCCAUGAACGGGUACAGUUGGACUCAAUAUGCUCUAAUGAACUUGGUGAUCCAGAUGCAAUUUCAAAUGUAUUGGGUAGAGAGGAUGUCAACCACUUGGAUGGCUGGGCCAAUAUUGAAAAUCUGCAACUCUUAAAUCUGAUUUAUGAUGCAACACCUUCAGAUUAUGUUUCAAUGAUUGUCACAGAUUAUGGCAUGGUUCCCCCUACAAGUGUGCCUGUAAUUGUAAGAGAAUACGGGAGAGAACAGGUCUGGAUAUAAACUACGCAAAUUUUGUACCAUCACCAUUUUGUGGGCGUGCAAGAUCCCUAUGUAGAAGCCUAAUAUGUUGGCAUGCAUGUUUUUGUAUUAUUUUCUCACCUAGGAAUAAUGUUAAUGAGCCUUCCUGUUCGGAAAUUUUGGACAUUUCUGUUGUAUUCGCCUAUCCUAGAGAAGAGUGCAAAUUUUCGCCUCUCCAGGAAGAUUUAACCUUGCAUUCUCAUCAUCUGUAACAGUUCAUUUUCGAUUAUUUUUCAAAUUUUGGAUAAUUAUUCUGUCACAAUUUUGGUUUAGCAA